UGGAGCGUGAAUUUCAAGCCGCAGGAGUUGCCGGCCUUAAUUAUUGCCUCUGCCUGUUACGAAGUAGAGUUGGUUUUAAAAAUACGUUAAAAUAUUAGCUUUUUUUUUUCUCAUUACAUCGUUCAAAACUAUAUCUUGAAAGCGGAAACUGCAGGAAAAAGAAGAGGUACUGUUGUUGGAUAUUAGCAGUCGUUUAAGAUUCUACAUUCAGAGUUCCAAUGCAUAAACACACAAAUGUUAAAGAUCACAAUACCAAUCCAUCGGAGAAAAAGUGAGGGCCCAAACGUAGGAACUAUUCGAGAUUUUCCUGACCAAUCAUGACCACGGCGAAGGUGUGGAAACAGACUCAGGCGUUUGACGGGGUGCCGAAACUCAAUGACUUUAUCUUGGAGGAAGAGACUUUACCAGGAUUACAAGAGAAUGAGAUUUUGGUCGAAGCUCUGUACCUCAGCCUUGAUCCAUAUUUUAGAUUGCUGGCCUCACCAGACCAAAGUCUACCAGGAGAGCAAGUAGCCAGAGUGCUUCAAUCCAAGUCUCCUGAGUAUCCUGUCGGUUCACUGGUCUGUGCUCACUUGGGCUGGAGGUCACACACUGUGGUCAAUGUAACAACACCAAGGGUGUUCGGCACCACUGUUGACCUUAUCAACGAGGUGCCAGGUUUGUCGCCAUCUCUGUGGCUCGGCACUGUGGGUAUGCCAGGGGUGACUGCGUACUUGUCCUUUUUUGAGCACUGUGAUCCCAAGCCAGGAGAAGUCCUUGUGGUCACUGCUGCAUCAGGUGCUGUGGGAUCCAUCGUAGGACAGCUGGCUAAACACAAGGGUUUGACGGUGAUUGGUCUGGCGGGGUCCAACGAGAAAUGUGAUUACAUCAGAGAUCUGGGUUUCGAUCAUGCGAUCAACUAUAAGACUGAGGACAUCUCCAAGGCGCUGGAUCUGGUCGCACCCUCUGGUGUGGAUAUUUACUUUGAUAAUGUUGGUGGUGAAAUAGCGGACAUUGCGUAUGGUAAACUUCGAGACUAUGGCCGUGUUCUGAUCUGUGGUUUGAUUUCAGACUACAAUAAAAGCCCAAAGGAGUUAGAGAAAGUAACCAAUUGGAAUAAAGUAAUUCUGUUUAAACAACUGACCAUCAAAGGAUUUAUGAUCUUCCACUCCAAGAAUUUAGCCGAGUUUCCCAGAGUACGCCAAGAGAUCGUCACAUUAAUUCAAAAGGGUCAGCUACAGACUAAAGAACACGUGACGGACGGAUUCGACAAAAUGCCUGCAGCAUUCAUCGAACUGUUCACCGGGUCUAACUUUGGCAAAGCUGUGGUCAAGGCAUAAGUGUCUCUUCUGGACUUCUUAUCAUUCUCUUCUGGACUUCUUAUCAUUCUCUUCUGUAACUCUUCAAUACUUGAUUUUCUUUUAUUUUGCAUAAGUCUCAAAUAAGCCAGUGGA